CUUUCACGUGCGUGUCAAGCCGGCUGAGCAAACGAAUAAAGAUAUCUAUAUGAAAUGAAAAAUUUAUAUUUCUAUAUAUUUUUACAACAAUGAGAGUUUUACCAUUGUUUUUUUGUGUUUCUACAUCUUGCUUAUUAUUGAUAAUAUUUUAUUAUUCAACCAAACUAUUUGCAUGGCAGCAGUCGUACUCUUCAUCGAGGUCAACAAAAAAUGAAAUGAAAACUACUGUUUUAAGAAUGUUGCAGUCGGUAGAUUUUGAAGUUUUUGGUCGAGUACAAGGUGUAUUUUUCAGAAAGUUUACGAGAGAAAAAGGGAAGCAGCUAGGUUUAAAAGGAUGGUGUAUGAAUACUUCUAGUGGAACUGUCUUAGGAACAAUGCAAGGGCCAGAAGAAAAAAUUAUAGAAAUGAAGGAUUGGUUAAAACAUACAGGAAGUCCUCACUCUAAAAUUGAAAAAGCAGAAUUUAAAAAUGAAAGGCAUUUAUCUAAAGAAGAAUUUUCUGAUUUCUUUAUUAAACCAUAAAAACUUACUGCUUUGGUUCUGUUUUUGCUUUUUUAAAGGAGAUAACUAUUUCUGAAUGCAUCUGUUGUGGACCUUUACAUCCAUUAUAAACUAUCUCCCUCACUGUUUGUGAUAACAUCAUAUCUGUAUUAUAUAUUUAUUGUUAUUUUCAUUAAAAGUUCUGUCCAAUUU